UUUCCAUGACAACGUAAAAAGCAAUAUGGAAGACCAAGUAUUUGAAACUGUAUAGAUCUAGAUCUGGAUCUAGACUAUCCCAGGUUAACAUAAAGUAAGUUCAGCUACGGAGAAAACAUAAAGUAAGUUCAGCUACAGAGAAAAAUGAUGAAUUCUGAUGGUUGUUUGCAAGUGUCUGUCCCAAGUCCUACCUUUGUCUCCCAGCACAAUGAAGACAGGAUUUUGGUUUUGAGCGAACAAACCAAAAAUGGAAUUCUGCCAGAACUUCGAUCCAGUGCCAGUAUUGACAAGAGGAAGCCACUACCAACGUCCUUACAAAGUGAUUUUAUACCAGAGGACAUACUGUUUGCCUUGACACAACCCCCACCCAGCAAAAACAAACUUGGCCCUGUGACGUUAACCAGAAACCUGAACACAUCUAAUGGAUUGUCUAGACCCCCGCCAGCUAAUGUUUGGAAUCACAAACGGAAAGAAAGACUCAAACAUCUGGUGGAGAACACACCCUGUGCCUGUGGUGCAGGAAAAGACAUCUCAUUUUUGUAUGAUGUGCCACAGCCAAAACCCCACCCAACCCCACCAGACCGUAUUGAUAAGAGCGCAGUUAGAAAAGUAGAUGACCCAGCUGCUAGCAAGCCUCUUCAUCUUCCCGACACACUUAUACCGGAUGAAUACCACAUUGUGAAAAAUAAAGGUGUCAUUGGCUUACAGUAUCAUGAAGAUAUAUACAGCACAAAGCCAGAAGACCAUGAGAAACAUUUGGUAGUUUUCCCAUCACUGAAACCUGCCAGUAGAUUUGAGGUGAUGCAGCUAAAGGCAGCUCUCAACAACAUGCUGGACAAAAUUGGAGCUAAUGAUUUGGAAACAGGAAGUGGUCCAACACAGAUGCAUAACUUGUUAGAGCUGAUCAAAAAAGAACAAAAUAUUUAUAAUGUUGUGUUCCAUGAGCUUAUUCGCCAGACAACUGUUGAGUGUGUGGAGAGGGGCGAGCUGCUUGCAGAUUUAAGGAACAGAUACAGUGACCUGCUCAACAAAAUACCCCAGCAAAUUAUGAGUCUCCACGAGGAAGUGAUGGCACAGAGGGCUCUAGACAGGAGACUUACAGAAGAGCUCAUGAGGUUUAAGGGGACCAUCGCAUACCUCACCAGUGAACUGACAGAUGUGAAGGAGCAUGACAUGACAGUCACUAAUGAGGCACAAAAAGCACAAGAAGAUCUACGGAGUGCCUUGGCAGAAUCCCAGAAAAAUGCCAGUCUUCUGGCUGAGUAUCAUGAACUGUACGAGCUUCAACGCCAGAGACUGGAGAGGCAGGUCUUCAUGCUGUCAGAGGAAAAGGAAAUCUGGAGCACAGCAGCUUAUAGUCUGGCACUCAAGCUAACUGAAGAAUAUCAACUGAGCACGGCCAAACGUCUGCAACUGAGUGAGAAAGGUUGGGUCAAAAUGGCCAACCACUUCACCAUUUUGUUGAGCGACCGGGACACGGACAUGCUGACUAAAAUUCAGGGGUUUGUGGAGAACUGGAGGGACAUGAUAGAGGACUUCAACAUUACACUCAAACACAGGGAGGACAGUAUGAAGGAGAGCUUCAAAAAGAUUAAAAUUGGGAUUGAAAAUUGCGGCAAGACCUUUCAGCAAAAAUUUAUUGAUUUAGAAAAUGGAGUUGUUAAGAAACCUGAUGAGGAGUAUGUGCAUUCUUUGGUUGGGAUUGUUAAAAAGUGGGAUGAUCUAAUUAUCAAAGAAACUGAAAUGUAUGGGGGAGAUAACCUACUCAACACGCAAGAUGAGUUGUCUAGAAUACAAAGAGAAAUGGAAGGUUGGACAGAUUGUGCCCUUAAAGUAUUUCGUCGUCAUCGCAGGAAUGAUGGGAAGACUCAUCCAGAUCAGGAAAAUAUGAUCGCUUUAAAUGAGGAAGUUGAACAGUUGCUUUCACAGUUCAAACAUAGGAUCACUGGAGAGAAUGGUGUGGCAGCUUUAACAAUCCAGUUCCAGAGUUCUUUAGAAAUUUGGGAGGCUCGUCUGGUCUCCAAUUCUCACGGAGUUCUGGCACUGCAGGAGUCAGACUGGGGCAACUUCUACCAGGCUCUAGAGGACUGGGCUGCCCUCCUAAAGCAGGCCAUAGACCUUGUUGGCACUACACAGAGAGAUGAGGACAGGCGCGACGAUAAGCCACACACCAGUCCAAGAAAAGCAAAAGGAUUUCAGAAUAUAGUGGACAUCCAUAAUGUUGUCCGUAAAACACAAAAAUGGGCAACAACUGCAAGCAACUCCAUCGACAGUGAAGAUGCCAAAAUGGUAGACCAGGUGUCCGCCCUCCAUGCCGACAUGGUCAAGUGGAUGGUGCAGAUUCUGCUCCGUCUGGCCCCAGACAAGGAAGGCAACUCUAAGGAAGCUGGCGAGAUGGCCCUGCUGGGCAGCGCUUCCAUCCCACAGCUGACUGAGGUGGCUAAAACUUUGUUUGAGGCCUUAGAAAAUUUCUCUAACUCGGUAACACUCUGUUGUAAUGGGAUUGUGAUGGAGAACACACAGAGAAGGCUGGAGAACAACGAAGACAACGCUGACCAUGAGCAGAAGGACCUCAAGAGACUCAAGACAGAGUGUGAUGACUGGAUACACACGGCUAAAAUGUUAAUCUCUGAACUGACUGGGGAAACUAUUGGGGACCUUUUCCCUGUUAGGAUGGCCACCAGCCUGUCCAAGGAGUCUGAAGCUUCACCGCAGGAAGAUGCUGGCACCAUGAGUUUACCUGAACCAAUCAUGGUGCGGGAUACCAAAGAUGAGGGCUUGACUCCUGAAAAAACAAUUAGCAAAGUAGAAGAAAGGGAGACAACUCAGUCUGCAUCAUUGGAUCAGUCAGAAGACAGGAAACAAACAGCUCUAGUUGAACCAGGUGAAGCUAAGACAGGUGAAGCUAAGACAGGGGAGGUGAAGACACCAAAACUUGACAACAUUGAAAUCUUGGGCCAAGACGCCAACACCCACAGACUCAGCAUAGAGAACGAGAAGGCUCAGGCAUUGGGUCAGGUUCCUGUCAAACCUGAGGUGGACGGAGCGCCGGACACAAAGAAAGCGUUUGAAGCUCUAGCAGCUGUACAGACACUUCAGACCCAGCUCAUAUCAGCUGAGCUGAGAGCACAGGGAGCAGAAGAGAGAGCUUUUCAAGCCGAGGCCAACAUUGUAGCACUGGAAGAAAAGAUCAGGGCAUUAGAAAAACUCAUUCAAAAACAGCAGGAGACGCCAACCCCUGAAGCAGGACCCCCCCAGACCCAAGUGACAGCCACCCCCACCCCAGCACUGACCCCCACCACAACAGCUGGGGGUAAAGAUGAGAAGAGUCCCAGGAAAUCAGGGAAGGCUAGCAGUAAAUCCACAAAAAAGAAAUAAUUAAUUAACUCAAAAAAAUUAACCCAAAAAAUUAACUCAAAAAACUUUUAUUGAACAAAAUUGAAACUAGUGUUAAAAAUACUUCAUAGCAAACCAUAAUCAACAAACAUAGUUUAUAGUAUUGUCUUCAGAAUGUACAUGUACAGUGGUUUUUUUUUCAUUUAAAGCACUUAACCCUUUACAACCUACAUUUAAUACAACAAUGUUAUUGUUAACAACACAUUCUUAUCACAAGCCUUCACAAAAAUCUAGAAGUGAAGAAUAAAAAGUUACAUAAGACUUUGUGAUCUGUAAAUUGGAAAUGUCAGUAAAAAAUAUUGAAAGACUUUUAAAUAAAUGAUAGCAUUGCACAUAGUUUAAAUACUGGACGAUUAAACAAGUUACAAGAGCACUGUGGUAUAAUGUGAAUGCUACAAUUUGAAUGGACAAAUAAGGAAUGAUAUAAAUAUGGAGUAUUUAAUAUGAUCACAUUGACAGAUUUUUCUAGUAUGUUAUACUGCCAACAUCAUGGCUAUUGAAUUGACAUUGAAAGAUUUCUACACUGAAAGUUGGCUAAGGAAGUACCUGGCAUAGGAAAACAUCUUUAGUUUGUUUUAAAUUUAUUACUGUGUAUGUUUGUUGAUGUAUGGGGGCAUAAGCUUUGGCUGAUACAGAAACCUAAGUGUGAUAAAUGUGACAGAAAUAAGAACAUUCCUGUUGUCAAAUAUUAAAAAGUUACUUACAAAUGUACACAAGUAAAAUUGUUAAAAAUGAAUUUUUUUUUAUUUGCUUAGCAAAUUUUCUUUAAAAAAGCAAGAGAUUUUCAGUCCUCACAAAAGGAUAGGGUAAUAUAUUUUUUCUAAAAAUUGUUGUUAGCAUUGCAAUUGCUGAGCUUGAAAUUGUUUCCAAAAUUACUAUAUUGAAUCCAGGUUGCUAAAUUAGGUACAUUUUUUAACACAUAAAACAAAGUAGCUUUUUUCAUGUUAAAAUUAUUUAUUUAUAAGUGUUAUUGUUAAAAUUAAGUUAACAAUUGCAACUGCUGAUUUUUUGUUUAUACAUCAUUUAGAUUUUAUAAUUACAGAUUAAAAAUGUAUGUAUGUAACUUAUGUUGUAUGUAUAUACAGGUCAAAACUGCUGAAACAAGAAGCUACAGCAUUGAUUUUAUAUUCUUAUCUUUCUUGAACUAGUUUACAUAGUUAUCUAUAUGUGAUAUGUACAUUGUUUCCUGAGAAUUUUAUUUAUAUACAAAUAUACAUGAGUUUUUUGUUAUGUGUAAAUGUUUUAAUGUUUUACUUUUUUUUAAAUAAAGAAAUAUUUACAAGGUUACUUUGUUAUAUGUAAGUUUUAAGAUUUUACAUUUUUUUUGUAAAAAAGUAUUUACAAGCUUACUUUGUUCUUUUGUAAGUUUAAAGGUAAAGAAAUAUAUACAAGCAAUUUCCCAGACUGAAGUUUUGAUCUAUCAUACAUAUAAAAUAUAAUUUUUAUUUACAUCAAUGAAAUUCAACUUUCUUUGAAAAAAUGUGUUUAGAUAAUGUUGUACUAAAUAGUACUAAUAGGAAAUAUGCAGAAUAAAGCAAGAUUAUUUAUUAUAAAUAAAUUUCUUUGUCUAGUAUCUUUAAAAAAAAGAAAUGUGCUUAUAAUAAAAGUUUCUUAUGCUGUAAGUUUGUCUAAUCCCUGUAUUAUGCCCUAGAUUACAUUAUUAUAAUGUACAGCCUCAGAGGCAUUCAGUUUCCUCUAUCUACUGUUAACAAAAUGUACAGAAAAAAAUUUCUCUAAAUGCCUCUUGACACAAAAAACUUAAGUAUGUACAUGGAGGACAAAGAAAUGUUGAUGUAAAAUUUUAUACAAAUGUUUGACAUGGAGUAAUGUGCAAACAUAUAUGACCCACAUCAGAAGUUAACUAUUUCAUUUGUCAUGUCAAUAUUUAACUUUGUGUAAGUAAACAAUUUUUAAAAUAACAUCACUUUUGUAAGCGUUUAACUUAGUGUCAGUUAAAUAUUUUAAAAAUAAAAUAUUUUGUAAGCGUUUAACUUGGUGUAAGUGAUUCCUUUGAAAAUAAAAUAUUUUGUAAGCGUUUAACUUGGUGUAAGUGAUUCCUUUGAAAAUAAAAUAGUUUUUAUACUGUCUUGCCAAAACUAGUUGCAAUAAAAUUCAAAUACGGACAUUGA